AGUGCCAUUUGCACCCAAUGUCUGGCUUGCCAUUUCCACCCUCCGCUACCGCCCAAAUCUGCAUUUUUACGUUGACAUUGCGGUUUACAAUAGCUUCAUACAGCCUGCGUUAUGAAUAGGUUUGCUCGGCCACGGGGCAUCUAUAUAUUUCCUAAUCUCACUCUUGACCUUGCAUCCGCGACUGUGCGAGGCUCGCGACCGACAGUUCUUAUCCUUUCAUUCGCCAACUGCAAGAGUUUUACCAGUGCAAUGAGCAGAUAUCAUCGUCGCCACCCUUCGUCAAAGCGGCCGGACGGACCCCUUUCAAACCGGGACUCACCACGCCAUUCCCAACCUACCUCCUCGGUCACUCGACCUCCGACGCGGCAUGCGUCGUCCCCUGCGUUUGCCUCCCUACCUCAGUUUCCAACUAGUAGUGGCUCUUCAGCUGAACCCGCGGAUAUGACUGGUGAUCUUCGCAUUGUGCAGAAAUACUUUAGUUCCUUGCGAACAGCAGCAGACUUUCAGUUUGAGGAACACCGUACACCUCAAUCCGUCCGCGGUGGUGGAGUACAGCAAUAUUUUAUUGCCCACCUUGAAGUCCCCACUCCGACAGGAUCGCCGUUCGUCGUGACGGCAGAAGGAACGAACAAAAAGACCGCCCGUCAAAACCUAUUGCGUUUGGUAAGGGAUCAGAUAGAGCGGGAGGGUUGGCUGGCUGCUGCCGAAGGAGCGAAAAGACCUAGGCGAGAUGGAUCACAUCAGCAUAGUGCGAGAUCACGCGCACCACCAGGACCCCGACAGCGGCAACCGCCACCAGACACUUGGGAACGCAUGCCCGUCAAACCUAUUCCAACUCAACCCAUUGCGCCGCUAAGUUUUCUGCGGGAUAGCCGAGCACCAGUGAAAUCCGCCUGGGAUGACGACGAAGACCAGGUCAGUUGGGCAAGUCGUCCUGCCAUUACACCACCACGCGGUACAACGCAGCCUUCCGCGUCAUGGGGACGUUCUACAUGGGACGAUGACAGCCCAAGCUACCGGCCCAAUACUUCAUAUCAGCAACAGCGAUUGCACCGCCCGGAGCCCGUCUCUAGUCCGCACGAUGGGCCAUUAUCGCAUUUCUAUGGAUUGCGUGAGGAUGAAUGGACUCAUUUGCAUGGCGAGACAUGGGGCCAUUUGGAAGCACCGAACGUGAGAGGAAGUCGAGCGGGAUCGUCAAGUUGGCGAUCAGGAUCUUCCACCCACGACUAUCGGCAAGCGCCGAGCAGUGACUAUUUUAGCCGCUCAUCCAUGCAGCAGCAACCACAAUAUCAGCAGCAUCAUGUACAUCGAGCGGAACCGGAAUACCUUCGUCCGCCAUCUCCCAAAGCAAAGUUACCGGAUGACGUGGAUGACGCCGAAAAAAAGCUGAUCGCAUUUUAUUGCAAUGGCAACAAGCUGACUGUCCCCAAGCCUGUAUUGCGGCAUAUUCCUCAAAAAAGGCACGAGCAGGGUCGUUGGGAAGUUCGCCUUCGUCUAGCAGCUCAUGUAUUUGAAGGUCGAGAUGUACAACCAAUAACAGCAGUUGGUCAUGGGAAAAGUAAAAAGAUAGCCACUGUCAAAGCAUGGAACCAUCUUUGCGCCCACUUGCUUGCCAUUGUGUCGCAGGAAUACAUCGAUGCUUUCAGAUUGCUGUCGAUUCCGUUGAAGAAGCGCUUGCAGACCCUUCUUGCUCAGCCCAUUCGAGUGGAACUCACCGAGUCGACGCUUACCCGAUUAGAUAACAUGUUAUCUCAGUUGAAAGACGUAAAUGCAUUUCAGUUUGAGGAGCACCUUGUCGAUAGCGGUGCUGUCGAAGCGUCGCUUGGCUUCGGGAACCAACCUGGACUUUCUGUACAGCCGCCAUACAGGGAUUUCCGAGGAUCAACCCGAAGGUUUCGCCCUAUGGACAUUCCUAUUCCCCGUGAACUCAAAAACAACGAGCUCCCGAUCUUCACUCAGUAUCGCGAGAUCAUUUGCGCAAUUGAGAAUAAUCCAGUGACGAUCCUAUCUGCUGAAACCGGUGCGGGUAAGACGACGCAGCUACCUCAGUUUAUCCUCGCCCACUUCAAGCAACAGCGCGCUAUGGCCAGUAUGGAAGAAUCGCCUACACCUGCGAAUAUUGUCGUGACUCAACCGAGGCGGAUUGCUGCAAUAUCAGUUGCGCAACGGGUGGCGUACGAACGUGGGGAGGUCCUCGGGCGGGAGAGCGCUAUAGGUUAUCAGGUGCGGUUCGACAACAAGAGACCAACCGCCGACCCUAGAGACGGGCAUAUCGUUUUCUGCACAUCGGGGAUUUUACUCAAGCGUCUUCAGGAAGACCCGCAGCUGAAGAAUGUCACACAUAUUAUUUUGGAUGAAGUCCAUGAACGUGACUUGAAUACUGAUCUGCUUUUGAUCAUUGUCCGUCAACUCCUCCAAAAGAGGCCAGAUAUCCGCGUCAUUCUAAUGUCAGCCACAGCAGAGACACAACUCUUUCAGGACUAUUUCAUUGGCUUCGGAACCGAAGGCCCUCAAAAUGCACCGCCAAUUAUUAGCGUCCCUGGCCGGAUGUUCCCGGUCGAGCAGUACUUUCUGGAAGACGUUGAAGUAUUGCUGCGUGACUCCCGUGCACUGCCCGUACCAUUUCGGCCAAGCAAAGAGUCACUGCACUGGGUUUCAAAUGAGACCGGGCCGCUGAUUCCUCCUCGAGGGGAAGAUCCGAUGCCGUAUGACUAUUUCGAAGCACUGAUAGCGCAUAUCUGCACCACGCGGGACGAUGGUGCGAUUCUGUGCUUCCUGCCUGGAUGGCAAGAGAUUGAUGUCCUUAUGCAACGGCUGAAGGACGAGGACAACUUUCGUGUUGGAUUUGCUGAUGAGUCAAGGUUCAAGAUCUUCCCUCUUCAUUCGUCCAUCCCAACCAGUGCACAGCAGUUGAUUUUUGAAACGCCACCUGAAGGUGUGAGGAAGAUCAUUUUAUCUACCAAUAUCGCCGAAACAAGUGUUACGAUCAAUGAUGUUGUGUAUGUUAUUGAUUCUGGAAAAAUUCGUAUCAAUUCAUACGAUGCAGAUCGACGAAUUUCAUCUUUAAGUUCAGUCUGGGCUAGUCUGUCCAAUUUACGCCAGCGUUCGGGUCGUGCGGGUCGAUGUCGACCUGGAAUGUACUUUUCGGUGUUAUCACACCGACGGAAAGCGAAGCUCUCCUAUUCUAUGCCACCUGAGCUUCUUCGAGUAGACUUGCAAUCAACUGUGCUGAAAGUGAAGGCUCUCAGACUAGCAAGACACUGUGCAGACGUGUUCUCACACGCACCCCAACCACCGUCCCCUGUCAACGUUUCAAGAGCAUUGCAGGAGCUCCGAACGCUAGGUGCAAUUAAUGAAGAGGAAAAUUUGACCACGCUUGGGCACGUUCUGUCCAAAAUGCCAGUAGAUCCAUGGAUUGGAAAGAUGGUGAUUGAAGCUGCUAUGCUGGGAUGUCUUGAUCCGAUCUUGACCAUCGCUGGUGGUAUGGAAAUUGGACGAGGUAUCUUUUCCAUCCACCCCGAAGAGAAAGAGAAAGGUCGAGCCCAUAUUUUAUCAAAAUUUGCUGUCGGAACGGAGAGUGACCAUUUGACCAUGUUGAAUGCGUUCCGUAUGUGGAAGGAAGUCGCAGAUACCUAUGGUGGAUCUCACCGGUCCUUCAUACCCCAAGCGAAGGAUUUCGCGCGUGCCAAUUUUCUGCACUACAAUAGUAUGGCUAAUAUCGAGAGGGCACGACAACAAUUGCUCCGGAACCUCGAAGAUGCGGGCCUAGUGGACAAGCGGAGCCGGUUUCGCACCGACUUUGAUCGUAACUCUACGGAUGACGAGAUGGGCGGUGGUGAUUAUAACACGUUUGCAAGUAACACGUCAAUGGUUCGCGCGAUCCUUUGCGGUGCCCUCUAUCCGAAUGUGGCGGAGGUUGCAGGCAAAGAUGAGUACUAUUCCCGUACCGACUCAAAACUCAGAUUAACGGGGAGCAGCGUGAACAGUUGGAAAGGCGUUGUAAAUUCGGCUGGCCAGGCUGCCAGAGGGCAAGGCGGUGUGAACAGCGGACGAGGAACACCUGCCGGAUCGGCCGCAACCUCGGAUGUGUUCGAUUAUGACAAUAUUCCAGAUGACGAUGAUGAUUCUACCUUGGAUGAUAUUUCCAACUCUGCUACAGUUCCCCCUCUUCCGCCACGAUUGCUUUCCUUCCAAGAGAAGCAACGCGUUGACAUGGGACUGUACCUACGAAAUACCACUCGGGCCGAUCCUAUUGCCCUCAUCUUGUUCGCUGACCCUGGUAGUGUGAAACCUGCAACCGCGGGUGCAGCGGGCUUCCUUAUUGAUGCCUGGAUUCGCGUUAACGUAUCCUCUGUACAUGAGAUGCGAGUAUUAAUUGAGUUGAAAGAAUGGCUACAUAAGUAUUUGAAGUGGGCGAUAUGGGCUCGGCAACAGAGUCGACACCGGUAUGGUCGACGUGAGGAGCAAGUGAUCAGAGCCAAUUGGAACACUCUUGGUAAAAUGCUUGUUCGAGAACUCGCGAGUGUCGUAGAAUUUGGAUCGAGCGAGCCUCGGGUUUAGGACAAAUUGACUGGCACGAUAAUCCUUUCACUUUUUGUAAAUUUACUUUUUAGAUGCAUUAUAAUUUUAUCAUUGGCUUCUGAUCGGAUAUAGGUUUUUGUUUUCAAAUAACAUACGCUACUGCUUCGACUGCGCAGAACCUUGAC